AUGACCCCUUCACCGGUCAAUGCCACAUCUUCUCCCUUCUCAUCAUCAUCAACACUGUUACUCAACACUGUUACUACGGUUGAUGAUGAAGGCUAUGAAUACCAAAUCAGGUUCAAUGAUUUUUAUGCGUACCGUUACUUGGUGGCUUCUGCUGUUGUUGGAAUUGCCUUCACUCUCAUACAAUCCGCUUUCGAUAUCUUUAAAGUGAGCACUGGAAAUCGACCUGGUGGUGCGGGCUUCUAUUUGCUCGACUUUUAUGCCGACAAGGUUACAUCCUACUUGCUUGCCACGGGUGCUGCUGCAGGGUUUGGCCUCUCCGUUGAUUUGAACCGGGCACUAGGAAAUGACUCGUCGUCCCUCACAGAUUUUCUUAAUAAAGGAAUUGUGGCAGCAUCUAUUUUCUUAGUAGGAUUUGUGUUCUCAGCUGUAUCAUCAGUUUUUUCAUCUUAA